UCGCACCAGUCGAUGGUCCUUUUAACUGCAUUGUUGGGGGAAGAAGCGACGCCCCGCUCUGAGGAUCAAACAUCCCCCCCUCCCCUGUGAUCGGCACGAACCCCAGUUCUGUUUUCAUGGAAAUCAGACCCAGCCUCCGGACCGCACUUUCUGCAGACAUGCGAAGUUGAAGGCGCAUUCCCAGCCGGGACAACUGAACUCGCGAUGUUGGCGUCUCGGAGAAGCUGAUUCUUUCAUUCUGCUCCCCCUCUCCCCUUUCCCCCAGUACUCUAUUUUCUUCCUGAUUUCGUCUUGUUCGCUCCCGUUACUUUUGGACUUCACUCCAACAUGCUGCACCUGACGAGCCGCUUUGUUUUCUGCGCGCUCCUCGCCUCCGUUUACGCGUCGUGCCCUCCGCGCUGCGAGUGCUCGGAAGCGGCACAUACCGUCAAGUGCGUCUCCAAAGACCUGAGAAGUAUCCCGAAGAUCCCGGGAUACACCAGGAAUUUGUUUAUAACUGGGAAUCAGAUCAGCCGAAUCGGUCCGGAGUCUUUCAGAGGUCUGGAUAAUGUGACCACCCUCUCCCUGAGCAACAACAGAAUUUCAGAGAUGGAAUUCCACACCUUCUCCGGACUUCUCCGCCUUCGCUCUCUGGAUCUGAGCAACAACCAGCUGACCGUCAUUCACCCCGAAGCCUUCAGCAACGUCAGCCAGUCCCUGCGAGAGCUCAAUCUCAGCCGAGCCCUCUACAACUACUCGUCGGUGAUGGACCUGGCCGCCUCCCUCCAGAGGAUCUCCAUGGCGAACCUACAGGUCCUGGACUUGUCCGACAACAGCCUCAUCUACCUGCCCUCGCGCACCUUCUCCCGCAUGUAUGGCCUGCGCCGCCUCCAGCUCUCCAACAACUCUCUGGUGGCCAUCCGCAGCCUCGCCCUUUCAGGUCUGGAGAGCCUGGAGGAGCUUGACCUCACGCUCAACGCCCUCAAGACCUUCAACGACGAAGGCUUGCAAGAGUUGGACUCCCUUCCCCGAGCCUCUCUGCUUCUGGGGAAGAACCCGUUCACAUGCACCUGCGGCAUUGAACCCUUUGCGCAAUGGCUCAACAGAUCCCAGAAUCGCGUCAGGGAUGCAGAGGGCCUCCUGUGCGCCUUCCCUCCCAGCAUGAGGAACACAUCCAUCCUCGCAGUGGGCAUGCUGACUCUGGAAUGCCAGCAGAGGGACGAGGGGGCAGACCUCGCUUUGCAGACCUCUUAUGUCUUCUUGGGAAUCGUUCUGGGCUUCAUAGGCCUCAUUUUCCUCUUAGUACUUUACCUCAACCGCAAGGGAAUCAAGAAGCGUGUGUAUGACAUGCGGGACGCCUGCAGGGAGGUCUGGGAGGGCUACCACUACCGCUUCGAGAUAGACUCCGACCCCAGGUUAUCACAAGUCUCCACAAGCGCUGACGCAUGAGAGGACGAUCACUGCACUGCAUCCGCAAGAAACUCUUUCUCCUAAUUUGUUUAUCAGUUGCAGAAUGUAAAAAAAAAUGUACAGACGUGCCUGUAAAUAUAUCUUCAAACAACAACACUUUGAUUGAAGCAUGCACUCAUCAGUCAAAUGGAGAUGUUUGACACUUUCAAGAAGCAAAAAGUAAGUGCCUGAAGUGAGCUCAGUAUUGUUUUUUUCUCUUUUAUAUUUGUGAAUCAAACAGAUCUCAUGGAAAAAAGAAGGGAAGGGGGAGGCAGGGAUAACAGAACUGCAAUAAAAUUCUGACACUAUGAAAACAAACCUUUGGGAAUUUAAAGCACAAUCACUCAUUCAUCUUUGAUCCCUUUCAAGCCCUUUGGUCCCUCCGGCCUCCUGCCCCAGGGUGCCAGAGAGGAAUUAAGGCACCAAAAGCUGCCCCCCCCCCCAAAGCUCCUCUUAAAAUCACCACUCUGCUCCUCUUUGGCUGUUGGAUUAGAAGUGGAGAAGACAAUUCAGCACAGGCCAGCGGAAAUCUCCCUGCCCCUUCCCUCCCUCCUUCCCCCUUUCUCUUUUUCGUGAAACUUUGCUUUGUUUCAACUCCUUGAGUUUUAUUGUCAAAAUGAUGAGAACCAGCCCCGAGCUGAAGCCGCUGAAAGUACCCCCCCUCACACUCCUCUUUCUUCCCCUCCUCCUUAAAGACAACAGCCCUCGCUCUGGAGGAGCUUUGAAGGGAAAAAAAAGAAGAAGAAGAAAAAAAGCUCUGGCUUUCCACGUUUUUCUGUUUAAAGGGCUUUUCCUUCCUGCAAUGAUAAGAUACAGAUGAUUCUGAAACACCAGCCACAUUGUUUCAUUCACAAGGUCUUUUCAAGCGGCUUGGUGAAGACAGAACAAUAUGUGCUUUAAAGGGUUAGUUUAGAUUUUGUAAAAAGUGAGGUUCUAUGAAGCUGUUGUCAGUGACAGCGUUCUUACCUAUCAUAGCAAAGAUUUCAUAUUGCAGCCAGUUUGGAGAGAAGAAACAAAAUCCUCAGAGCGGCAGAAUGCUAACAGCUGGUCAAAUGGAUCAACAAAGUCAGGGCUUCACAUGCUUCAGUGUGGGAUCACAGACUAUUGCGUUUUGUUUUUGUCUUUUUGAAGCUGUGUUGCAAGUAGAGAGCAUC